AUGCCCGGCAUUAUACUAUACGUAACUGAACGAAGUAAUGAUCAAGAUCGGAUGCUGAAACAUGGCGAUGGGUGCCGACAAAAGAAAAAUCCAACUGAUUUAGCGACCAAGUGGGGGAAAGGUCCUUCAUUAUCUUCCACCAGUACAUGGUUUAGAGGACCAGAGUUCUUGCGUUCGCCGGAAAUCGAGUGGCCUUCGGCGCCAAGGCCCAACGAUGAGACGACAACUGAGGAGCUACGAAUGUGUCUCGUGCACGCUGAAGAAACCAAGGAUUAUGUUAUCGACUGGCAACGUUUUUCUAAGUGGAAUUGUUUAAUUCGUUCAGAGGCCUACGAUAUCCGAUUUUGCCAGACUCUGCGGAGAAAGGUGAAUAAAGAAAGUGCAGCUGCAGGUCAUCUAAAACAAAAGAAGCUCUCUAUGGCCGAGAUCUUAGUGUUUCGAUUGGUACAAGAAGAACAAUAUCCAGAUGAAAUGGCGACUCUUGCCGGAGUGCGUAAUCAGGAAGUGGCAAAAAACUUCAAAGGCCUAGAUCGUAUGAGCAAGAUUCGGACGUUAGCUCCGUUUGUGGAUGAUAAAGGUGUGAUGCGAUCGGAGUCUAGGAUUUCUGCUGCUACGUUUGUGUCAUACGAUACUAGAUUUCCAAUUAUACUCCCGAAAGAACACUUCGUCACACGAUUGUUGUUAGAGGGGUAUCAUCGACGAUUCCUGCAUGCGAACGGAGAAACGAUCGUAAACGAAGUGAGACAACGGUUCCACGUUUCGACCUUGCGCAUGCUAGUCCGCAAGAUAGCAAAGGAGUGCUUCUUAUGCCAAAUCAGAAAGGCGGCUCCGGUGAUUCCUAGAAUGGCUCCUCUCCCCAUGGCGAGGUUGAGGCCAUACGAACGUCCGUUUUCUUACGUAGGACUUGACUACUUUGGUCCAAUUUCAGUUCGAGUGAAUCGUAGCACAGUAAAGAGGUGGAUAGCACUAUUCACUUGCCUCACAACCCGUGCCGUGCACCUAGAGGUUGCCCACUCGUUGUCGACCGAAUCGUGCAAGCAAGCUGUGCGGCGGUUUAUCGGGCGUAGAGGCGCUCCGGUUGAAAUCCGUAGUGACAGAGGAACAAACUUCGUGGGAGCCAACAACGAUUUGCGUAAGGAGAUGGCAGCGAUGGAUAGACAACUAGCUGAGACGUUCACCAACACUAAUACUCGGUGGGUGUUCAAUCCACCGGCAGCGCCGCACAUGGGCGGCGCCUGGGAGCGUUUGGUUAGAUCUGUCAAAACAGCCAUGGCGGCCAUCAAGACAACGGAAAUCCCGAAAGAAGAAGCGCUGGCGACAUUUGUAGUAGAGGCGGAAAGUGUGGUCAAUUCAAGGCCUCUAACGUUUAUUCCACUGGAGAACGAACAGCAGGAGGCGCUAACCCCUAACCAUUUUCUUUUGCUGAACUCUUCGGGAGUGGUACAAUCUCCGAAGACGCAAGUGGAUCCGAAAGUUGUAUGCAGAGGAGACUGGGAGCUUUGCAGAUCCAUGGUAGAUCAGUUUUGGAGACGGUGGGUACGAGAAUAUCUGCCCACCAUUGCUCGCCGGACCAAGUGGUUUCAAGAUGUGACGCCAAUCGCUGUUGGGGACCUAGUCGUAGUGUUAGAGGAGAAGCUACGUAAUGGAUGGAGUCGCGGAAGAGUUGUAAAGGUCAACGAAGGACGUGAUGGAAGAAUACGUAGUGCGACCGUACAGACAGCAGCUGGAUUGCUGGAACGGCCUGUGGCUAAAAUGGCGCGACUGGAUUUAGUAGGAGGUAAUGCUGAUCGGUAG